AUGGGGGACUGGAGUUUCCUGGGAGAGUUCCUCGAGGAGGUCCACAAACACUCCACAGUGGUGGGGAAAGUCUGGUUGACCGUGCUCUUCAUCUUCCGGAUGCUGGUGCUGGGUACAGCAGCUGAGUCCUCCUGGGGGGACGAGCAGUCUGACUUCAUGUGCGACACCCAGCAGCCUGGCUGCGAGAAUGUCUGCUACGACAAGGCCUUCCCCAUCUCCCAUGUCCGGUUUUGGGUACUCCAGAUCAUCUUUGUCUCCACCCCAUCUCUGGUGUAUAUGGGCCACGCGAUGCACACAGUGCGCAUGGAGGAGAAAAGGAAGAUGAAGGAGGCAGAAAUAGAGGCCCAGGAGAUGAAAAACAAUGGUGACACAUACUACCAGCAGAAGUGCCCCGCGGCAGAGAAGGCCGAGCUGUCUUGCUGGGAUGAAUCGGGAGGCAAAAUCAUACUCAGGGGCAGUCUGCUGAACACUUAUGUCUACAGCAUUUUGAUUCGCACUGCCAUGGAAGUGGCCUUCAUUGUGGGACAGUACAUCUUGUACGGGAUCUUCCUGGAGACCCUGUAUAUCUGCCAGCGGGCACCUUGCCCCCACCCUGUCAACUGCUACGUUUCCCGUCCCACAGAGAAGAACGUGUUCAUCGUCUUCAUGCUGGCUGUGGCAGUGCUCUCUCUAUUCCUCAGUCUGGCCGAGUUGUACCACUUGGGCUGGAAGAAAGCCAAAGAGAGGUGCUCCCGGUCUUACAAACCCAGCCCCAGCACGGCCCCUGGCAGAUUGGAGUCUGUCCCGCAAGUAGAAAGGGCCCAGAUGUACACUCCUCCACCAGAUUUUAACCAGUGCUUGUCAAGUCCCAAUGGGAAGUUCAUCAGCCCCUUCAGCAACAAGAUGGCCUCCCAGCAGAAUACCGCCAACUUUGCCACCGAAAGGGUCCAUGGCCAGGAGGAUGCUGCUGGUGAAGGGCCCUUCAUUAAGUCCAGUUACGUGGAGAGUCCGGAGGCGGCCAACGAAUGUGCGGCACCCGCCUUCCCCGAGAAC